CAUACAUGAGUGGAUGCUAAGAUCAAGUCUUACCUCCUCCUAUGUAUAUAAAAAGGGCAAGAAUCUUGAGACACGAUCGUAUAAUUUAAACGCGCUUGUGAGAUUGAUACUCAUAUCCACCUCCAUACCCUCAAUGGAUGCAGCUGCACAAUCGAUAGGUGUGUGUUAUGGUAUGCUAGGCGACAACCUACCACCAGCAUCAGAAGUCGUAGCCCUCUACAAAACUCGAGGAAUCCAAAAGAUGAGAAUCUAUGAUCCGAAUCAAGCCACUUUACAUGCGCUCAGAGGGUCCAACAUUGAACUCAUGCUGGAUGUCCCGAACUCGGAUCUCUUGAGUCUGGCUUCCAAUCCUACCAAUGCAAAUUCAUGGGUUCAAAGAAACAUUAGGAACUUCUGGCCAGGGGUCAAAUUUCGGUACAUAGCCGUUGGAAAUGAGGUUGGGCCCACAACAGGCCUAGCCCAAUUCGUUCUUCCUGCCAUGCGAAAUGUCUACAAUGCCAUUGCUUCAGCUGGACUCCAGAACCAAAUCAAGGUUUCGACUGCAAUUGACAUGACACUUCUAGGGAACUCCUAUCCGCCAUCACAAGGUGCCUUUCGAGGUGAAGUUACGGCAUUCCUAAACCCAAGUAUCGCCUUCUUAGCACAAAUCAAAUCGCCCUUACUGGCGAAUAUCUACCCUUACUUUAGCUACUCCGGCAACCCACGUGACAUCUCCCUGCCCUAUGCCUUGUUCACUUCUCCGUCAAAUGUAGUUUGGGAUGGGCAAUGUGGGUACCAAAACUUGUUCGAUGCCAUGUUGGAUGCCUUGUAUGCCGCCCUUGAUAGGUCUGGUGGAGCUAACUUGGACGUGGUGGUGUCAGAAACCGGGUGGCCUUCUGCAGGGGCGUUUGGAGCGUCAGUCGAUAAUGCACGUACUUAUAAUUCAAAUUUGAUUCGGCAUGUCAAGGGAGGCACCCCGAGGAGGCCUAACAGAGCUACAGAAGCAUACUUGUUUGCAAUGUUCGACGAGAAUAAUAAGCAACCCGAGUUGGAAAAACACUUUGGGCUGUUUUCCCCGAAUAAGCAGCCGAAGUAUCCGCUCAAUUUUGGCGCGGCAGAAAGGAUUUGGGAUGUUACUGCUGGAAAUAAUGCAUCAGUUUAUCUGAGUGGUGAUGUGUAAUAAGGAAUCAGGGCUAUAUAUCAUCGAUCCUAUGCUACUUUAAAUAAGGGAUAUCAUGUGUGAUCUUUU